AUGGGUGAGGAAGUGCCUGGAAUGAACCGGGACAUAGCAGAGUUGAGGCAGACUUUCAGAAGUGGGAGGACUAAGGAAAUUAAUUGGAGGAAGGCCCAGCUCCGAGGUAUCCUCAAACUCAUUUCUGACAAUGAGGAUAAGAUCUAUUCCGUCCUUCAGCAAGAUCUGGGAAAGCAUCCUGUUGAAUCUUAUCGUGACGAAAUUGGUAUUGUGAAGAAAUCUGCAAAGUAUGCUUUAGAGAAUCUGGAAAAAUGGAUGGCACCCAAGAAGAGUCCCUUACCGUUACUCAUGGUCCCAUCAAAGGCAGAAGUGCUACCAGAGCCACUUGGACUUGUACUGAUAAUAUCAUCCUGGAACUUCCCUUUCUCACUUGCUUUGGACCCUGUCAUUGGAGCCAUAUCAGCCGGGAACACUGUGGUAUUAAAACCUUCAGAGCUAUCACCGGAAUGCUCUGCAUUCCUAGCUCAAACAGUCCCUCGUUACUUGGACCCCGAAGCAAUCAAAGUCAUAGAAGGUGGAACAGAUACAGCUCAGCAAUUAUUACAGCAGAGGUGGGACAAGAUAUUCUUUACUGGAAGUUCUCGAGUAGGAAGCAUAAUCAUGUCUGCAGCGGCAAAGUAUUUAACCCCUGUAACCCUUGAACUUGGAGGAAAAUGUCCAACCAUCUUUGACUCUCUCCCUGACUCAGAUUUAGAGGUGGCCAUCAAGAGAAUUGCUAGUGGCAAAUGGGGACCUUGUAGUGGACAAGCAUGCAUAGGAGUUGACUACAUCCUUGUGGAAAAACGCUUUGCUCCGAGAUUGGUUGAGCUGUUGAAGAAAUGCAUCGAGAAAUUUUAUGGGGAUAGUGUAGAUAAUUUAAAGAAUAUGUGUAGGAUUGUCAACAAGCACCACUUUAAUCGAGUGCUUAGUCUUCUGGAGGACCCGAGUGUCUCGGCUACUGUUGUUUAUGGUGGUACCUGCAAUGAACAAAACUUAAUGAUACAACCAACUAUACUGUUGGAUCCUCCACUUGAUUCUGACAUAAUGUCUGAAGAAAUAUUCGGUCCUCUGUUGCCUAUCAUCACUUUAGACAACAUAGAGGAAAGCAUUGAGUUUAUAAACUUGAGGCCAAAACCUCUGGCUCUUUAUGCAUUUACUAAAAAUGAAGCUUUCAAGAAAAGGCUUUCAGCAGAAACAUCAUCUGGAAGUAUAACGUUCAAUGACACUAUGAUCCAGUUUCUGUGCGACACGUUACCAUUUGGAGGCGUCGGUCCAAGUGGUAUGGGAAGAUAUCAUGGGAAAUAUUCUUUUGACACCUUCAGCCAUGAAAAAGCAGUCUUGCAAAGGAGCUUCCUUCUGGAAUUGGAGCCAAGACAUCCUCCAUGGAACAGUUUCAAGCUAGAUUUUAUCAGGAUGGCUUAUGACUUUGAUUACUUCGGUUUGUUGAUGUUGUUGUCAGGAUUGAGGAGUCUCUUCAGACUUGGGCGGCGAUCAAGCUAA